GUGAGUGGUGGCCGUGAAUAAGAUUGUCGUCUCCACUCCACUUUGGGCGCGGCCACUCUGGUUUCGCGACUUUGAGCGGGAAAACCCUAGUCGGCAGCGGCAUUUUCCGCGACCGACCGGGCGCUGGCGGGGGCGGGGCGGGGAUUGCUCCGGCCUCCGGCUAGGCUAUUCCAGCCGAUCAGCCGUCGCGGCGGCCACCCCAUACCGUGGCGCAGAGCAUCGGUCGAUCCAGCUCCGGAAGGCGCGGUUCCGGGCUCCGGUAAUCGCUGCGGCGAGCAGCGGCGUGUUGGCAGCACCGGGAAUCCGGCUCCGUUGCCAGCACAUUGCCUAUUAGUUUUCGGAAAUGAAGCGGUACUACCAGCCUGUGCCCAAAAGGAAUCGUGAAAGUGUUGGGGGCAUUAUUCCAGAACCUCGGAUAAAGUUUACCCCAGGAAUUGGGGACGAAGUUGGUGCAACAACGGGCGCCAUCAAUAGGGCAAGGCAUCACCACAAAGGUUUUAACAGUCAAAGGCGAAGUGUGUCGCCUGCACUCGCUUCUGAUUGUUCGGAGAGUGGAAACCCUUUUGGAGUCUGUUUGCGUACUUCUUUGGACUGUGCAAGAUAUCUCUUAAGGCAAGGUAUACCCUUUUAUCACCUCGAUCCAUCUUACACAUGGGACAAGGGUCAUUUUCUGGAGAUGGUAGAUUGGUACAAAGGCUUCGAUGAGAAGGUGAGGCGUGCGUUUGAUGAGAUGGAUCCUGAUCGUCGCAGUGAAUUGGCUUCUCGAGGGUUUCAGAAGGACCUUGUAAAAGCCUGUGCAGAAGAGGUCAUCCAGGUGAUUCUGGAAGACAUUGGAGAUAGUCGUUUCUCCUUACUUAUCGAUGAUACUCAUGACAUUACAAGCAAAGAGCAUAUGGGCAUAAUUUUGAGGUUAGUUGCUGCUUUUACCUUUACAUUUAUAGCUUUUUCUAUAUGCUAUUCUGUUGCUAUGUGCUAUUUGAACUCAGUAUAAUUUCUGUCAUCCGGAUUUGUGGAUAUGCGAGGGAAGGUCAUAGAAAGAUUUCUCGGUCUUGAGAGGGUCAAAGAUACUACACCAACCACAAUCAAGGGGAAUUUGGUUGGUUUUCUUGCUCGGCAUGGUUUAUCCAUUUCCAGGAUACGAGGGCAGGGCUAUCAUGGACAAUCAAACAUGAGAGGAGAGUUUAAUAACGUGCAGAGACAGAUACGGGAUGAAUAUCCAUAUGCUUCCUAUGUCCAUUGCUUUGCUUGCCAGCUGGAACAGAUUCUUGUUUCUGUCUCAAGUUCUUCGUUAGCAAUUUCUUAUUUCUUCUACAAUGUGCCGAUAAUUGUGAAUGCCACGAAUGCACCUUGCAUGACGUAGGAUGCUGAAAAGUGUCGCCAAGGAACCAUGUUAUACAGUCGUCCGGCUAAUCGCGAUUAGUCGCGAUUAGUCGACCUUAUCGCUCAGCUGGCUUCGAUAAGUGAAACGACUAGCUUUUGUCAAUCAGAUGUCUGAUCGUCCGACUAAUCGUCGCCUAAUCGCGAUUAGUCGUCCGACUAGCUACUUGGACGAUCAGGCCAAAACCAAAAGAUGUCCAGCAGACCAGCACUCCAGCCCGCCGCCUGUACUGGGCUCAAUUAGGCCCAUUAGCCAUUAGGGUUAGGUUAACUAUAUAACUUGCACCACGCAAGCACCACAUAAUCCUCCGCUCGAGCGCUCCAGUCGAGCCGCCACCGCCGCCUGCGUCACGCCGCCGCGGUCGCCUGCGUCGUGCCGCCGCCGCCGCUCGCAUCACGCCGCUGCCCGACCACCUAUUUCACGCCGCCCGGGUCACGCGACCGCCAGCUCGACCACCUCCGCAUCUGGCGCAUCCCCUCCGCCGACGACGCUGACGGCGACGCCACCUCCGCCAACAACUCCGGCUCCGUCCGCUGCAACGGCGCCCCGCAGCCGGGCAUCGGGCUCCGCUGCGAGCUCAACGGCAACCGCAACAGCGACUACUGCGGCCCGCUCACCUCCUUCGACUGGAACGACGCCGACCUGCGCCGCAUCGGCACCUCCUCCAUUGACACCACCUGCACCAUCUGGGACGUCGAGUGCGAGGCCGUUGACACCCAGCUCGCCCACGACAAGGAGGCCACCUGACCGCCUGCGUCACGUCGCCUGGCCGCCGCACGCCGGCGUCUGAAGAUGAGCUCCUCCUCCGAUGAUUUUGAUGCACAGCGGCAAAGGCAGGUGCAAGUGAUAAUGCCGCCGCCGCCGCCACAGAAUGAAGCCGUGGCCAAUGAAGCAGGUGCCACAGGUUCCUCCGCUGCUGAAACUGCCUCCUCAGCUGCUCCAGAUGGUCAAUCCAUAGUAGAGAAGGCCAUAGCUGAACUGCCACCAAAUCUUGCGGAGAUGGCUAAAGAUCCUAAGAGGAAAGCAAAAUCUAGAGACCCUGGAUGGAAAUAUGGGUUCUGGCCAGAUCCUCUGAAGGAGAUGGUGCAAUGCAUAUUCUGCAAGAAGGUUGUUCCUGCUGGAAUCAAAAGGUUCAAGCAGCACCUUGCUGGGGGCUAUGGUGAUACAAUAAAAUGUCCAAAAGCACCAGAGUUGAUCUCCAAAGAGAUGAGCAUUUACCUGAAAAAGAAUGCAAGAAGUGUGAUUGUGCAAGUGGAUGAAGGUGAAGGUGAAGGUGAAGGUGAACAAGAACAAGAACAAGGUGCAGAGGAGGGUGAAGCUGUUGACCAAGUAGCAGUACCAAGUUCUGGGACAAGGCUUAAGCAAGCAAAGGCAGCAAAGCUGAAAGUUUCUCAAGCUGCAAUCACUUCUUUUAUGGUUUCUGGUCUAGUAAAACCACAAACACAAAAGUACUCCAAGUCAAUAAGUUCAAUGCUUUGCGAUACACCAGAGGAAGUAGUAGCAAAAAGGCAUAAAUAUGGUACUUCACAACCUACUCUUGAGCACUGCACAAAGAAAUCUAAGGAGGCCAAAGAAAUUGUUGAUGAUCAUGUCGCUGAUUUCUUUUAUGAGAAUGCCAUAGCUUUCAAUGUCAUCAAUUCAAGAAGCUUUGAGAUUAUGGUUGAGUCCAUUGGGCAAUAUGGUCCUGGGUAUCGUGCACCAACAUUUCGUGAAAUUAGGGAGGAGCUGCUUGAAAGGGCUGUGCAGCGAACAAUGGAAUUGAGGAAGAAGCAUGAGGAGGCUUGGAAGGAAUAUGGUUGCACGAUCAUGUCCGAUGGUUGGACUGACACAAGCCGGCGUCAUCUCAUCAACUUUCUUGCCAACAGCCCAGCAGGGACCUUCUUCCUAGGCUCAGUGGACGCUUCAAGUGAAGUAGCCGAUGCACAAAUGUUAGCAGAUUUAUUGGAAAAGCAAAUUGAUAAGGUUGGAAAGGAAUAUGUUGUGCAGAUAGUCACAGACAAUGGAGCCAAUUUCAAGGCAGCGGGAAGGAUUCUAAUGGAGAGGAUCCCUCAUUUGUUUUGGACACCUUGUGCAGCACAUUGCUUGAAUUUGAUGAUGCAUGACAUUGGGCAGAUAAAGGAAUUCAACACAACUAUCAAUAUGGCAAAGAAAUUGUCUAGAUUUCUGUACAAGCAUGGAAGGCUUCUUGAGUUUAUGAGAAAGAAAAUAGAUGGAGAUCUUGUCAGACCUGCUGUGACUCGCUUUGCUACAUCAUAUCUCACUUUGGCAAGUAUGUUUCAAAAGAGAAAAGGUUUGAAGGCUUUGUUUGUUAGUCCCCAAUAGAGUAGCAGCGCCUGGUCCAAAUCUGCUGAAGGACAGCAAUGUGAGAGAAUUGUCCUUUCAGCACCAUUUUGGACAAAAGUGCAAAAUUGCCUAAAAGCUUCACAGCCCCUUCUCAUUGCUCUAAGGAUAGCAGAUGGAGAUGAGACACCAGCAGCCCCUGAGAUUAUGGCAGCAAUGGAAGUGGCAAAGAGCACAAUCAAGGAGGACUUGGAAGCCAAUAACACUUUACUUAAACAAGUAAUGGACUGCUAUGACAGGAGGUGGGAAAACCAAAUGGAGCAAAAGUUGUAUGGUGCAGCCCUAUUCUUGAAUCCAGGCAAGUUCUUUGCCAUAAGGGAUAAGGACAGGAGGCAAGCUACAAGGCUAAGGUUCAUGUUCAAUGAUGUUUUUUGGAAGAUGGUGUCGGAUGAUGAUGAACAGUGCAAGAUUAGUAAGCAAGCUGAUGAUUAUGAGAGGUCUGAAGGUGAUUGCUUCUCAAAGCCAAUGGCAAUAAGAGAGAGAGAUAACAAGAAUCCUAUUUUGUGGUGGGGAUCAUAUGGUGGCCUAGCAUAUGAGCUCCAAAGUUUAGCAAAAAGAAUUGUGAGCCUUUGUUGUUCUGCUUCUGGAUGUGAACGUAAUUGGAGCACAUUUUCUCAUGUCCAUACCAAAAAGAGGAACAGAUUAGAGCACAAAAGGUUGAGCAAGCUGGUGUAUGUUAGCUACAAUCGGAAGAUGUCAAAUAGAUUUCAAAAAAUUAGAGAACUUGGCUCCAAAGCAAAGAAAUCCAACCCUCUGAUUCUUGAAGAAUUUAAUUGGGAGAGUGAAUGGGUUGAUGUAAAUUCUGAUCCAGUUCACACAGGAGCAGCAGCAGAUGGGGAUGGCAACGUGCUGACUUGGGGGCAGAUGGAUGAAGCUAUUGGUGCAACUGAAGGUCUCCAGGGCCGUGGCCUGAAAAGGGCGGCUGCUGCUCGUUCUGCUGCUGCUGUUAGCCACACUUAUGCUAGGAAGAAGCGUCCAAGGAGGGCAAAUGCUACUCAGGAUAUUGCUGAACUGAAUGACAGUGAUCAGGAGAUGAUGGAGGUAGAUGCACCAGGUGACCAGCAUGGUGUAUCAGAUUCAGAAUAUACAAUGGAGGAUGGUGAAGAUUCCGGAGGACCACCUGAUGGAGAACAAGAAUUUCUAUUGAAUGAAGCAUUGCUUGAUUAGAUGCAUGGCUGGGUUGUCUUCUUUUGAAGUUUGCUGCUUUGUUGAAUUGUUGUGUGCUGAUGUGUUGUUCAGCUGAAGUGUUCAGCUUAUUAUCAACUUAUCAUUUGAACCUAUUUAUGUACUGAAUGUCUGAACACUGAACCUAUUUAGCUGUCUAAUUGUCUAUGUAAUAUGUAUGCUUUGCUGGUUGCCUGCUGCCCUGGUUUAGUUGUGUUCUUUUUAAAUUUUGAAUUACUUGC